AUGACACAAGAAUUUACUGAUGAAAUCUUUCAUGGGGUUCAAUGUUAUUCACAAUGUUCAGAAACGAAAUCAUUUGUCGAGUUACAAAUGCAAACGGAAUCUUAUCAAGUGUUCCAUCGUGGUACGCAAUCGAGACGGUUUGAAACUCAAGAACUUCAAACAAACUUUUGUCAUCAAGAUGAAACACUGCACGAUGAAAUACUAACUCACAAAGAUAAGUUGACUGAAGAAACAAGAAUUUUAUGUUUUCUUAAACGCGUUGAGCCAAUUAUUACAAAAGAGAUACGAAAAAAUAUCCACUCCAAAGUAUUUAGACAAUCACAGUCAAGAAGACUAUUUUAUAGAAAUAAUGCAGCAGUGAAACAUACACUCAUUCUAAAUGAAGCGAAAGAAUCUGAAUUAUCUGUUACAGGAUUAUCUUGGAAUUCUAACGGGACACUACUAGCGAUAUCAUAUGGAUCAUUAUGCCAUACUGAUUGGUGUACACAUAAUGGCAUUGUUGCACUUUGGAAUGUGUCAAGUGAAACAUUGGUAUUCAAUACUUCUAAGCAAAAAUAUGUAACAGAUACUUGUCUAAUGUGCAUUAAAUUUCAUCCAAUAGUUCCAUCUUUGUUAGCUGGAGGGACAUUUACAGGAGAUUUAGUCGUCUGGAAUCGUGCCAACGAAAAUGAUCAUCUCUUAGCCAGUAUCGGAAGUAUGCACAGUGGUCAUAAGGAUUGUAUUAAUCAAAUCAGUUGGAUAGCAGAUAGUCUAGAGUCUGACUUACAAAAUCUAACUUCCGAUAAAAUCAGUCGGUAUACAACAACUUAUCGGUUAUUAAGUUCAGGAAGUGAUGGAAGAAUUGUUUGUUGGCGAAUUGAUCUGCAUCACUUAGGAAAAGUGAACUGUGUUAAGAUUUUUCAAAUAAGACAUAAAGAUCAGAGUCCUUUACCAAUAUCCAACCAUUUUAAUUCAUUAAAGAAAUGCAGUCUCUUUAGGUCAGAUCUAUCCGAAACAAUAAAUAGUGACAGAGCAGUUAAUAUAACUUGUAUUUCAUUAGCUAAAAAUGAUCCAGAAAAAUUUGUUGUUGGAACAGAAACAGGAGGAUUAUUAAUAUGUCAAAUAAAUUCUGUUAACUGGGAUGAAACAUAUAAAGAAUCCUUGGAAGAAUACCUACAGUCACCGGUUAAAUUUUCACUAGCUCGUCAGGAUGGUCCGAUUUAUUCAGUAGAUUGGAGUAAAUUCUAUCCCAAUCUUAUUAUAGCUUGUGGGCUCAAUCACUGUAUUCAGCUUUUCAAUGUAUUACAAAAAUCUCCAUUGAUAAGUAUAGAUCCAAAUAAUGGUUCAGUACGUGUUGUUGAAUUUUCCCUAAAUUUAUCAAAUAUUUUUAUCUGUAUAACCGAACAUAAUCAUAUACUUAUUUAUGAUUUAACUGGUGAUGAAGAGAUCCAUCCAAUAUACAAAUGUUUUAAUGAAGAAAAACUGUAUAGUUUUCAACCUGAACUAUUGUAUACAUUGACAUCUCAAAUAGAUAAUGAUAUUCAAAGUACAAUUGUAUCUGCGAAACUUAAUGAAAAAGAUUCUAAACUUGUUGCUACUGGAAAUACAAGUGGAAUUGUUUAUGUAUGGGAUUUUGGUAAUCUAAUCAAUGAAUUAUCAUUAAAAGUAAUAAAUACUUGA